AUGUCUUCCGCAAUGCUAAAUGCGGUGCCGUCAUUCAAGGAACAGGAAAACAAAGGUAACCUCACAGGCAGCGUGUCCUUCAGGCGCUGCCUAUCCGAAGGCUUUGUUGUGUGCCGAAGCAUUCUCGGGGGCUGGCAUGUCGAUGAAUCGCCCGACUCGGCGACGAAUCGGGACUCUCACGCAAGGGGCGCAUACCGGGCCGACCAGCUCGGUAAAGUGUAA